UGGGGUUUAAAGCGAAGGUGGACACGAUGUUCACACAGCAAACGGACACUAAACAGGUCCAAAGAAACAAAACCACAGACGUGAAAGUGGAGCGACAGCUACGACAACAAUGUCGUGUUGGGGGGGAAUUUAUCCUCAUGAGUUUUUCCGGUUGAAUUCGAGCUGAAAAAUCGGGAUUGCAGGAUUAAAACAACCAACCACAGUUGUUUUUUUUGUUGAUUUUUUUUCUCGUCAACGCACCAGGAAUGGACGCAGCUCUGGGAACAAGUGAAUCAUGUCUGCUGGUGUGUAUCUGUCGGUUUUAUUGGUGAUAUCCUGUCAGCAGCAGCAGGUCACCGCGGGAUCCCGUGUCGGAGCAGCCGGGUGGGCUUCAGACUCACCACGAGCCGGGAUGUUUAAAAACACCAACAAUGAGUGCGACCUCGUGAUGAACGUCAGUGCGGCAGACCGCUGUGCGUUUGUGAAGACCACACCAGACUGCAGCAUAGAAGAUGGCUUCAUCAACUACCUUCGUGUGGCCUUCUGUCUGCUUCCUCCCAACCUCAUGCCUCUCACUGUCACCCUCUGUAUGAUAUGGCUGCUGUUUUUGUUCGUCAUUCUUGGACUCACAGCGUCGAAGUUUUUUUGUCCCAACCUGUCAGCCAUUUCUACCAGUCUGCACCUCACUCACAACGUGGCUGGUGUGACGUUUCUGGCUCUUGGUAACGGAGCUCCUGACAUCUUCAGCGCCAUUGCAGCUUUCUCCAACCCACACACGGCUGGGCUGGCUGUCGGAGCCCUAUUUGGAGCUGGUAUAUUUGUGACCACAGUCGUUGCAGGCAGCGUGGCGCUGGUCAAGCCUUUCACUGUGGCCUCACGUCCAUUUUUGCGUGAUGUCACCUUCUACAUGGUGGCAGUGUAUUGGACCUUCUUCAUGUUGUACAGAGGAACCACGACCAUGAAGGAAACGUUUGGGUACCUGGGCCUCUACGUGGUCUAUGUAUUGACUGUUAUCAUCAGUGCGUACAUCUACAACCGGCAGAAACAUUCAAUGAACUCAAGUGUCAGCAGCGUUGACUGUAUUCCAGCAGAGUUUGACUCGUCAGACUCCUCUGAUUACGACGUCCCCUGCCUGAACGGUGGGACCGUCCAACAGGAGUAUGAGUCAGAGUACAGGCCGCUACUGCCUUUUUCUGAGUCCACGAGUCAAAUCUUGCUGAGCUCCCUGAACCCGGUGGACAACAGGAAGUGGAGGAGAAAACCGUGGAGUUGGAGAGUCUUAAAAGUAUUGAAGACACCUGUAGAGGUGCUGCUGCUGCUCUGCAUCCCUGUAGUCGACCCUGAUAAAGAAGACAAGAACUGGAGACGCCCACUGAACUGCCUCCAUCUGGUCACUGCUCCUCUGGUGUGUGUGCUCACCUUCCAGUCUGGACAAUAUGGAGAUUAUAUGAUCCAGGGGCAGUUUCCCAUCUGGCUGCUGACUCUUCUGCUGGGACUCUUCCUGUCCGCUAUCGUCUUCUGCAGCACCACUAAUGAACGUCCUCCCAAAUAUCAUCCACUGUUUGCUCUUUUGGGCUUCGUGGUGAGUGCAGGGUUGAUCAGCGCAGCAGCCUCUGAAGUGGUCAGUCUUCUGCACAUGCUCGGUGUGGUGCUCAGUCUCAGCAACACCGUGCUGGGUCUGACUCUGUUGGCCUGGGGCAACAGCAUAGGAGACUGUUUUUCUGACAUCACCAUCGCUCGCCAGGGUUACCCACGGAUGGCCAUAUCAGCCUGCUUCGGAGGCAUCAUUUUCAACAUGGUGUUUGGAGUGGGUUUAGGAUGUCUGGUGCAGAUGUUCAAAACACACACUCAUGUGGAGUUCGAAGUAGACGGCUUGUUGACGUGGGUUCUUGCAGGAUCUUUGGGUUUGUCUUUGGUGCUGUCCUUCGUCAUUGUUCCUCUGUGCCAGUUCAAGAUGAGUCGGGUCUACGGGAUCUUUCUCCUCUUCUUCUACGGCAUUUUUCUUCUCAUUGCACUGCUCACAGAGUUGGGAAAGAUCCACAUCUGACUCGGAGGCCAGUCUGAAAUCAGGGAUGUCCUCCUUUAAUUCAAAAAGACACUCGAACAGAAGCUGCGGACAAAGGACAUCUUUUUUCUACACUUAAUAUUAAUGCACUAUUUAUACAACAAUCAACACUUUGUGCACUUGUCAGCCAUCCUGAGGUUCGUUUGUGGAACCAACAGGAAAAUUAAUGACAAACUAAGACUUCUCUGCUCAGGGAGAGCUGAAAUUAAUUAUCACACUGUGCCUUUAUUUAACUUCUCUUUUGUGCUGACUGGUGCUGUGGUGGCACUUUGUGAAUCCAGGAGGAAAAUACAGGUUGUAAAUUAACUACAUUUAAUUUAAAUCAAAAUGUUAAAAUGAGUCUGUACAAAGCUGCUUUUGAGGAAUUAAAAAAAAAAUCCUUUUUUUUUU